UUCUUUUCUAGGGAUGAGUCGGCGGAGUUCCGGAAAUGGCGGUCGGGUCUAAUGUGGGGCUUCUCCGCAGAAAAUCAAUGGAGUCAAGCAGUUAACGAAAAGAACACGGAAGAUCUUACUUGCUUUGUGCCAUUACCAAGAUGGCAGACCGUGAGGAACGCAAGUUUGCUGAGUUACCCAGAGAUUCCAUCAAGGUAAUGGCAGAGGCCAUUGGGGUGGAUCUGAGUGAUGAUAUUGCAGCUGUGCUGGCAGAAGAUGUUUGCUAUCGACUAAGGGAAGCCACCCAGAACAGCUCGCAGUUCAUGAGACAUGCCAAGCGUCGCAAGUUAACAGUGGAGGAUUUCAAUAGAGCCUUACGUUGGAGUAAUGUUGAGGUGGUUUGUGGGUAUGGUUCCCAGGACAAUCUCCCUUUCCGUUCCUUCAAGGAUGGAGAGCUGUUUUUUGUCGAAGAUCGAGAGAUUAAUCUUGUUGAUCUUGCGCUAGCCACAAAUAUUCCCAAAGGCUGCGCUGAGACUAUGGUUCGAGUUCAGAUUUCAUACUUGGAUGGAAAAGGAAAUCUGGAACCUCAAGGCACAGUUCCGGCAGCUGUCCAGUCCCUGACUGAAGACCUCCUCAAGUAUUACCAGCAGGUUACAAGGGCUAUUCUAGGAGAGGACCAGCAUCUUAUGAAGGUUGCAUUACAAGAUCUUCAGACUAAUUCAAAGAUAGCAGCGUUGCUCCCUUAUUUUGUAUAUGUUGUCAGUGGGGUGAAAUCUGUGAGCCAUGACCUGGAGCAGCUAAACCGCCUAUUGCAUAUCGUGAAAAGCUUGAUUCAGAAUCCUUACCUUUACCUGGGGUCCUACAUUAAGAGUCUGGUGUCCAGUGUCAUGUAUUGCAUCCUGGAGCCCCUUGCAGCCUCUAUCAACCCUUUUAAUGAUCACUGGACCCUGCGGGAUUAUGCUGCCAUGCUACUCAGUGACAUACUCUGGGCUCAUGGAGACUUGGUGAGUGGUCUUUACCAUCAGAUAUUGCUGUCACUCCAGAAGGUUCUGGCCGACCCAGUUCGUCCUCUUUGUUCACAUUAUGGAGCUGUAGUGGGACUGCAUGCUCUUGGAUGGAAGGCAGUUGAACGGAUAUUGUAUCCUCACCUCUCUGCCUAUUGGUCCAAUUUGCAAGCUGUUCUUGAUGACUAUUCUGUUUCCAACGCUCAAGUCAAAGCUGAUGGACACAAAGUAUAUGGAGCUAUCCUGGUAGCAGUGGAGAAACUCCUGAAGAUGAAAGCACAGUCCCAUGCUCUGCCAGCCGAGUGCAGUGCUAGUGAAGGCAGAGCUGAAAGGGAGGUCUCACCUGGGCUAAGCCCAUUACAGGAGCCUCUGUCAGAACUUGGUUUUGGGUUUGCCAGUCACAUACUACAGGGGGGGCCAGGAGUGCCCUCUGAGAAGCCAGUGCCUGUCCCUUUGCCAACAAUGUACAAUGAAUUAUAUGACUUCUUUGGGGACAGCCUUGCAGUGCGCUUUAGCACUGGACCUGGCAUCAGACAUCCAGAUGGCAGAGUGACCAUCAGUGAUCGAUUUUUCCAUCCUUCAGAUAUUAAGAAAGAAGGCUGUGGAGCUGGGAGUGGAAAUAGUAAUGUAGAGACAACUCGCAAAAUGCCUCAAUUGACUGCUAGCUUGUCCAUUAGCCCCCGGGAUGAUGGUAGUCCUAAACUAGAUCCGACACCACAAUCCUGCUCUUCUAAUUCCAUCUCUGCGAGGUCUGCUUCAUUCCAUUGCUCUUCCUCUCUUCCAAGAUCUAAGUCCUCAUCUUCUUCAAGACAAGGCCAGCGAUCAGCACCGAGAGAUGUCUUUCAGAAGAGCCGGUUCACACACUCUCAGGCAACAGUCCCCCACCUCUCAUUUCUGAUCUCUGGCAGACAGAUGGGUCGGAGAUGCCAAGGCCGCCGUUUUCAGACCAGUUUCCCUCGGCUUCAUUCUGCCAGCUCUUCCCAGGCUGCCCGUGGCUAUGCGCACAAGCUCCCUGUAAUUGGGCGCAUGGUUAAACCAAUAAAGAGGUGGGUGUGUUCUGAAUACUCCCUGCAUCUGCCAUUGUGAAACUGGAGCUCUGUGGCCUUUUAUCGUUAGGCGCAUCGCAGUAUUCAGCAGCAAAAAAAUGUUGAUUUUUGAAAGGAAGUGCUGGUGAUGAAAAAGCUAUAGCAGGGGCUAUGAGGUAUUUGUCAUAAAUGCCCAGGAAGUGCCAAGGAAGAGCGCUGCAUUUUCUCUUAGACGUGUCGUCUUUGUUGGACAAGCAGAGGCUUAUGAGUAGACUCGGCAUGUAAACGCUUGCAGGCCGCUAUCUGUGAUAUCCUUUGUGCAGGUGCUCCCUGUUGAUUCUGCUACUCCGCUUUGUAGUGUUCCUUUUCACUUACAGCUGCCAUGCUUGUCUACGUGGCGUUAGAAUGCCUAUUUAAAUAAUAAGCAAAGUUGGAGAGUGUAUUUGUAUUAUUUGGGGUUUAAAAACGAGCUGUUGAUUGUAUUAAAAAAAAUGCUUUAGCGUUUAUGGGAGAAAAGACUCAAUAGAGGGCAUUUAAUAUUUAGGGACACGCUUGGAGUGUGUUAGGUCCUUUUGCAGUUUUACGCCUGCUGCACUCUUGUUGACCGACCGACACUUUAAGAAAUUCACACUAUUGUUAAGUCGGAGGCUGUCUUCAUAGAAAAAUAAGCCGCUUAAUCAUAGCUAUGUCCAAAUAUUUUUGUGCCAUUUGAUUAGAUUUUGUGUUCUCGUUGAUGUAUAUUUUGACAUUCUUUCACACUACCUUAAAUAAAAUGACACACUUAAUGUUUUUUAUCCAUUAUUAUUGUUUCGGAAUUUUCUUUUAAACAUCAGGGAGAAAAAGCAGAGCUCUACUUUUUAAAAAUUUCAACAAGGGAGUAUUUAUUACUGUACAGUUUAUGUUAAAUGUGCACCUCAAAUGUCCUUAAAUUGGACAAGGAGUGCAUCAUGAACAGUUUCAAGUGUUUUGUAUAUUGUGAUGUGCCAUAUGUCUUUAUGAAGCUGUGGACUUUUUCAGCAAAAUAACAGACAAUUAAAUUGUGGAGAUCCAAGCAUUAAAAUUGAAUUGAAGCUGCUACAAACAUCUCAAGCACUGCAGAUGGGGUGUUAUUCAGUCGCAAAUGGUAAGAGUUUUGCUACUUUCGUAAAAAGCUUUGAUAAUAAAAAGAUGCAGCCAGGCUCAGGUUUAACUGAAGAGGUACACAUUUUGGCUUCCUAUUCCUAAAACAAAAACCAGUGUAGGAACUUAAGCAUUUACAAUUUUUCAGUUUUAUUUUGAGUGUUUUUUAUUUAUGUAUCUGUUUUUUGGAUGCCAGAUUUUUUGUAAAACAGUUGAGUUUUCUAUCAGAAUAACCUUCCUAUUUUUGUUAAAUAAAAUGUUUUAUACU